CAAGCUCAAAAUUUUAAAAGACUAGGACAAGUGUGUGAAAGUCAUAUGCAUUCCACUAUCUACCAAACGGCUCAGUAUAUUCAUUGAGAAUGUAAUGAUAUUCUUUGUGGAUGUAACCUUGUCCAAACGCACAUAAAUUUCUUUGCGGAGAUGCACAUAAAAGGUUCGCAAUCUCACAACAUUACCAUUGCGAUUAAGAAUUUGAAACAUGUCACUUGCUCUUAUUAUUUUGGCCAGUUUCUGGGCGUCUGGAUUUCAGGCGUCGCCGAUAAUUCUCAACGUUCCCGUGUUUUACACUCCGUUUCCAUUCCAUUACCACAGCAGUGCCUUGAAGAUGGCUUACGAUGCGAAUCUAGAAGCACUGAAGCGACUUGAAGAAGCCCAGUCGGCGAAAAUAGAGACGUUGGAUGAAAAAAUAGAAGCCACGGAAGAGCAAGCAGGCGACGGUAGUUACAAGCCUGAUAACUCAGGUGACUACGCCCCCGACGAUUCGGGAGCAUAUUCGCCGGAUAACUCGGGGGUUUACAAUCCAGAAGCGAGCGAGUUGGAUGAAUCGGCAGCUCCAGAAGAAGUCAAGGUGGACAAGACCGUCGUCCACGCAUCCACUGGCAAUGCGUUGCUACCAGACGCCCUGUACUCCUUCGGUUACAAAUUAGAGGAUCAAUCGCGCGACGAGUCGGCCAAUGCCAUGGGUCAUGUCAUCGGAAGCUACUCGUUUACCAAUUUCGCCGGUAAUCACGAUUUGCACUACGAAGCCGGGCCGGGCAUCGGAUUUUUACCAACGUCGGGCUCACUGUCAAAACCGAACGGUCUUGUAGUUCAUUAAAUGUUUAAUAAACUACCUACUUCCUGC